AUUAUGAAAGACAAUAUGAAUAAAAUUUGCGAGAUUUGUAGCGAUAAAGCAUUGGGCCGACACUUCGGUGCCAUUACUUGUGAAUUGUGUAAAGCAUUCUUCCGGAGGAAUGCACUCAAAAAUAAGGUUUGGAAAUGCCUUUCGGAUGGAAAGUGCAAAAUAACUCCAAAUACUAAAACCUUAUGCAAAACAUGUAGACUUCAUAAGUGUUUUGCAGUGGGUAUGAGAAAGGAAUUGAUACUAAAUGAUGAGGAAAGGGAGCAAAGGAGACAAUUACUCGAAGAAAAUAGACGCAAACGAAAGGCAUUAAAUGAAAGUCAAAACACAUCCUCAGAAGUGAAUGUGUCUUCAAAUUCACAAUCACUUGAGUCGACCAUUUCUGGUGAUUGUGGUGACAGUGACUCCUUAGAUGCCAUAAUAGGAUGUGUUUCGGAUACUACCGAUGAGGGUCUGAGCGCACAGAUUAUGGAAAUCGAAAAUUAUGUCAAUAGUGAGCACUCGGACCACAGUAUUGAAGCAUUGGGUGAUAGACUUAUGUUAGAAGAUAUCAAACAGAGGUCACGACAAAUAGCUAUCAUUCCUAUGUUUAAAGGUCUCGCAGAUUAUACCACUUUGAAUGAAUUGGAAAUCAAUAAACUUGGAGAGUUAUUGAGCUUGUCCAAAAUAUUUGAGUACCCAUCCAGCACAAAUUUAUUAAAACUGACGGACAUAACAGAAUACUUUAAGAUCUCUAAUAAAAGACUGGAAGUGACUGUUAAAGAAUUUCUGAGUUUUAGCAAAGGGUUGAGUGGAUUCACUAAUGUAUGUCCUGAUGACCAGUACACCCUAUUUAAGUAUGGGUGCUCUGAGAUGUUGCUUAUUAGAUGUCUUAUGAUAACGACACCUCACUUAUAGUUAAUUAUGAUUCAUUUACUGCCGAGAUAUCCAGGUCUUAUUUGAUGUUUAAAAAUGAAUUUAAGGAUUAUUUGAACAAGAUUCUACCGCUAUGGAACCGUGACCGUAUAAUAUUGGAAUUGCUCAAUGCUAUUGCACUGUUCAAUCCUAAUCGACCAAAUCUUAAACAUAGAAAAAAAAUUAAACUCGAACAACAAUUAUAUAUCUAUUUAUUGAAAAGAUAUUUACUAUUGAAGUGUCGAUCAGAUUGUGAAUCUCAGGAAAGAUUAUGUAAACUAAUGAACACUUUCGCCGAUAUCUACAAAAUAAUUGAAACACAAAAAGUGUAUAAUAUUGGAGAGAAUGAAAUAUAUUUGCAAACAUAUGGACCACUAAUGAGGGAGAUAUUUGAUUUACC